AUGGGACAGCGAAACACCAAAGUGAGUCCGAUGACUGUUGGAGAGGUGUACGAUCAACAUCUUAGUACACCCCCAAAACCCAGCACCAACACGGAGGUUCAACAUCCCCCUCCCCGCGAUGAGACCCCCGUUGACUACAUCUUCAGCCGCUACGCCAUUGGUGAUCAGCUGGGGAAAGGCGGUUUUGGCGUGGUGUAUGAAGGGAGACGUUUGGAUGACGAUCUUAGAGUGGCUGUGAAAUAUGUCACAAAGACUCAGCACACGGAGUGUAUCUUCAUCCCCGAUCAUCCAAACCCUCUUCCGAAAGAGAUCGCCCUCACCAUCCUGGCCAACAAAGGACACAGAGUGCCGGAGAUAAUCAGGCUGCUGGACUGGACGGACCACCCUGACCACUUCGUCCUGGUCCUGGAAUGUCCCUCUCCCUGCGAGAACCUGGUAGAGUUCAUCAUGCGCCACGGUGGAAGAAUCGAUGAAGAAACGACGCGCCAGAUCAUGUGGCAGGCGACUUACGCUGCACACAAGUGCUGCCUCCGCAGAGUCUUCCACCGUGACGUCAAACUGGAGAACCUACUGAUCAACAUCGAGACAUCCGAAGUCAAGCUGAUUGACUUCGGAUGCGGGACAUUCUGGGGACUUCAUCCUACAAGUCCUACCACGGUAUGUUUCAGAUGAUUCCCUUCUUCUGAUAGAUAAAGAACAAUCAUGCUGCGCUAAAGCAAACUUAAACUCCACUCUGGUCCAGGCACA